AUGGCACAGAACACGGGUGAUCCUCAUUCAGUCACCCUGGAACACAAGCCAAAAGCCGUGGGUGCUCAUUUUACUGUACGUGAGAAGCAAUUAUCCUCUCCCUCUGAGGUACUUGCCCUUGCGGAUCCCCAUCUCGAUAUUUCAAACGUUGCUGCUCGAGGCUGCCUCAUCGCAGAUGUUGGGCCUGCAGUUGGCAGGAUGGGUGCUAUCAGUGCUCUCGCCGCCGCAUCGACUGCGACAGAGCGGAACCCAGGAAUCCGGUACAGAUUCGCCGACGAUGUUGGGACGCAUCGUAGAAACCGGCGCCGAGAGCCUCCAUCAUCUCGACAUGCCCGUGAGAGCUUGAAUAGUGCGGCUUUGCGUUAUCCCGCGCCGCACCAGUCCCCAGGACUCGAUGAACAUCUGGACAACGCCUUCGUCGUACCUCGCUCACGGACCAAUCAUCAUAUGGCGCCCCAAGGCGCUCUCCUUCAGACUCAUGAUAGCAAUGGUAUAGAUGCCUUCCACAUUGACGCACAGCUCUGUAUGAUGUGGCGCAGGUGUGUAAGUCACACUAUCAAGAGUAUCACACCUGAUACUCUCGACACAACAGAGCGCUAUCUUUUCCACUCAUUUUCAGAAAGAAUUGCUCCAAUGCUGGUACUGGUCGAUGACGAUUCCAAUAGUUGGCGACGUGUCGUGUUACCCGUUGCACAUUUCGAUGAUUUAGUGAAGUCUGCGCUCCUAUCAGCUGCGGCCUUCUGUAAUUCGACGCCUCUGUCUGAGCAAACAACAUCUCCUGAGAUGGCUUACCAGAGGGUUAUCCGUGGGCUUCAGCAGAGACAAAACCUUGCCGCAGAAGAUCUGAUGGGAAAACAGUGCAUCAUAUUGACCUUACUUGUUCUUCUGGCGAACGUGAUCGUGAAUGGAUCUCCUGAUUUCCGCACGAUUUUCGACUUGCUAAGAUCAUCAUUAAAAGCAGUACGAGAUGAUCUGAAUUUCUUUCGGGGUGAGAUCGGCCUUUUCAUUUCUACCCAACUACCCAAAUUUCGCGGAUAUGCAGCACCUUUUCUAAGCCUCGACGAAGGAGUUGCAACUCUUUGUCGAACAAUUGUAGGUGGCCCGCCUAGUAUCAAUGCCUGGCACGAAUUUACUGUCUGCCGCGACAUGCACCCGGAUUUGAACGCCGCCAUGUCUGUUGUUUAUGAACUUAAUCGGAAGGCCUGUGACAUCUAUUUAGCUCGCGCGCAGGCCGGCUCGACGGCACCUGCUUUUACUGAUAUGGUCGAAGAUUUCAAGAAUACCUUGGACUCAUUUCCUCCUAAUACACCGGGCGAGCAUACCCUUGUGUGGCCUUGCUUCCUCGUUGCCCUCGAGAGCUCGACAACCGCCCACCGGGUGUUUUUUAUCGAUACACUUCUCAGACAUCAAAGGAUACGGGGCUUUGCCAAUUUGGAUAGAGCCAUUGAAUACGUCAAAAGGGUGUGGGCUAGUCAAAGUGACGUCAAUUGGGUCCAACAUCUCACCAAGCUCAGUGCAUUUGUGGUGUGA